AUGACUAUCAGCUUCGGCAGAAGUCGAAGAGUCCAGCUCCCAUCACAAGAGGAACGGAUACUAAUCAAGCCCUCCGAAUGUGGUGACAAGCUGGGCUACAAGUGGUCUGCAAAGAAGAAGUGGUCCCGACUCUGGAUAAUAUUCCUAACCCAGGUAUCGAUGAACCUGAACACGACGCUCUACUCCAACGCUAUCAGCGGCAUUUCGAAUCACUUCGGCGUCACCCCGUUCGGCGUUCGUUAUGGAGGUGCCAGCUCAUUCCUCAUUGCCUACGCGUUCGGCUGCGAGCUUUGGGCGCCCUGGUCCGAGGAAUUCGGACGUAGGCGUAUCUUACAGAUCUCCUUAGGCCUCGUAAACCUGUGGGGAAUCCUAGUAUGGUUCGCCCCAAACUGGCCGGCACACAUCGCCGGCCGCUUCCUGGGCGGACUGUCCAGCGCCGGAGGCAGCGUGACACUCGCCGUCAUCUCGGACAUUUUCGAACCCGAGGAUCCCAUGAUCCAGCACGCUACCUCCUUCGUUGUGUUAUCAUCGGUCGGUGGCUCGAUAAUCGGCCCCAUUAUAGGCGGGUUUAUUGAGGAAUUUCUCGAUUGGAGAUGGUGCCUGGGUAUCCAGGUCCUCUUCGGCGUCUUCGUGCAAAUUUUACAUUUCUUCUUCAUGCCAGAGACGAGAGUCACUGUUAUCAUGGAUAAUGCCGCGAAAGAAGAGCGGGAGUCCGGUAGAAAACCCAACGUAUACGGGCCGGGCGAGAUUGCAGGCAAGAAACACAUCAACUUCCGCGAGUACGGGUCCAUCUGGUUACGACCGUUCAGGAUGUUCCUCACGGAGCCGAUAGUUCUCGUCUUUUCUCUAUUAUCCGGGUUCUCCGAUGCCAUCAUUUUUAUGAUGGUCCAGAGUCUCAACUUCGUAUACUGGCAAUACGGCUUCAACACCCACGAACUCGGCCUGACUUUCGUACCAAUCGGCAUCGGAUACCUCAUGGCAUACAUCAUGUACUUCUGGAUAAUUAGAGGCAAUGUGAAGACGCGCAAGCAAAAACCCGGGUGUGAGCAUGCGCAGUACGAAUCUCGGCUCAAGAGUUUGCUGUAUACCGCUCCCUUGCUACCUAUCGGCCUCCUAGUGUUCGCGUUCACAGCUGCUUUUUUUACGAUGCCUAUCCACUGGUUCUGGAGUAUGAUCGGAACUUGUUUGAUCGGUAUAUCCAAUUUUGCCAUUUACAUGACGACCAUCGACUAUGUAAUCAGGGCAUAUGGUCCCUACGCUGCGUCGGCGACGGGCGGUAAUGGCUGGGCGCGAGAUUUUUUCGCCGGCAUACUCACGCCCUAUUCAAUUCCAAUGGUCAGUACCCUUAGAUGCCCCGGGAAGAUUAUCGCAAACCAUGCUAACCUGCUUAUACUCUCCGUCUUCGUCGGAACAAUAAUCCUCUUCGCCAUCGCCACCAUCCUCUACGGCGCCGUCUUCUUCGUCUACAAAUGCGGGCCCUGGCUCCGCCGGCACUCCAAAUUCGCGCAGACCCUCGCGCAAGCGCAAGCGGACCAAGGCGUCGUCGUCUCCACAACGCACAACGAACCCGGCAACCCCUCCAACCCCUCCGACGACGCCCCCGCCGUCGACGCAAACGACGAGCUAAACCGCAUGGUCAACUUCCUGCCCGCCGAGAGCCUACCAGGCAGCCAAUCCAACUCGCUCCUGCACCUACCCCUCCCCGGCACCUCCUCCGCCUCAGCCCCGGUCACCCCGCGCUGCAGCACGCAGUUAGCGAGGCCCGCGCACGCGGCGCGUCUGCACUCGUACCAGAGCUACCGCAGCACCGGCGGCGGCGGCGGCGGGCGUCUGAGCCAGGAGGUUAUCGCGGAGGCGCCGUCGCGGCCCACGACGAGCUCGAGUCGCACGUGCACCUGUAGUACGGGGCGCACUUUGACCGGGACGUGCAGCCGGUGCAAGACGGGCGGCGGGGGCGGGGGCGGCGAGAAUUCGAGCCCGACGUCGCUUAGGGAGAUUGAGAAUGCUGAUUCUGGCGCUACUGCUGCAACUGCCUCUGCGCUGCCGGAAGAUGGGGUUGAGGGCGAGGGUGAGGGCGAGGUUGUUAUUAUCUCGUCGAAUCCUCAGCACAGUGCUGCGAACGGGGUGGAGCAGUUUAGCGAGAAGGAACGGCGCCACCGGUGUAGUGUGAUGUAG